GUACAUCCAGCUUUGAUGAACAAAUGUUUCUUUUUGGAUUUGUUUACCAGAACACUGUGUAUUCCGAAAUUUAUAAAUAGCCAACGGCCAAGAAAUGCGCCGGAUCAGUGCGCAUUUACCCUCAGAUCGGGCUGUAUAUGUUUUAGUUCCACUUCUCAGCUAAGACCAUUAAGACAAUAGCGAUGCCGUUCGGUACAAAAAAUCAGAGAAAAGCUUGGGUGUGUUUUAUGCUGAUUGUUGCGUCCCUGGCCCCAGUGCAAGGGCGCUCUGGGAUAGGACCCGGCGAGCAAGAAUGGGACUACGUGGAAGUGCGGCGGGGUGCCCACCUCUUCUACUGGCUCUUCUAUACGACGGCGAAUGUUAGUAGUUUCACGGAGAGACCUCUUAUCAUCUGGCUACAGGGCGGACCGGGAGUGGCCUCCACUGGCAGCGGCGUCUUCGAGCAGCUGGGACCCAUCGACAUUGAGGGGCGACCCAGGGAGAGUAGUUGGGUGCGGCAUGCCAACGUGCUGUUCGUGGACAGCCCAGUGGGCACGGGCUUUGGGUAUGUGGAGGAGCACGGAAGUUUCGCCAGGACAAAUCGGCAAAUAGCCAUCGAUCUUGUAACGCUGAUGCGGACUUUUCUCCGAAAAUACCCACGAUUCCGCCAAGUACCUCUGCACAUAUUCUCGGAAAGUUACGGUGGCAAGGUUGCUCCCGAGUUCGCCCUGGAAUUACAUAUGGCCCGGCAGAGGCACCACGUUGAUUGCCAACUCAAGUCGGUGGUGGUAGGCAAUCCCUGGACGUCGCCUCUGGACAGCAUCCUCUCUUACGCGCCCUUCCUUCUCCAGUUGGGCAUCGUGGACGAAAAUGGCUACCGCACCAUUUCCAAGCUGGCCGGCGAGCUCGCCGGACAUGUGUAUGCCGGAAUGUGGUUCCGUGCCCUAAUGAAGGUUUCUGACUUGCAAAAGGCGAUCACAGACAGUACGGGCGGCGUCUUUAUUUACAACACGCAGCGGCGGGUCCACGUUGACGAGGAGUACCGGUACGGGGAGGACCCGCAGAUGAGCGAAUUUAUCCGAACGAAUGUCACACGGGCUUUGCGACUGGAGAACAUGCCCGUUUGGAUGGAGCAGAAUGGAACGGUCUUCAAUUCCCUCUGCCAUGACAUCAUAAAACCUGCCACAAAAAUAGUUAGCAGGCUGCUUGACGAGACCGAAAUUCAGGUAGGUAUAUACUCCGGAAUCCUGGACUUGCUUUGUGCCACUCCAGGUACGAUGAACUGGAUUGGGAGGCUAAUGUGGAGCCGCCGAAUGGAGUAUUCUGAAGCACCGCGUACCCCUUUCCGAAUAGACGGAAUACUCGAAGGAUACGAAAAACAUGGUGGGAAGCUCAGUAUGUUCUGGGUCUUCCGAGCCGGACAUCUUGUACAACAGGAUAACCCAGCAGCGAUGGGUUACAUAUUAAAAUACUUUACACAGUUUGGAUAAGAAAAUGGAAAUUUCCAAACGGUAAUGUGUUGUAAAAUUUGGGAUUUUGUAUAAAAUGGGACAUAAAAAUCAUAAUAUCAGAAUGGGCCAAAUUAAUAAACAAUACUUUAAAUAGGACCGAGUGGAAAAAGCAGCAAAAAUUAUUUUGCAACAUCCUUUUAAAAAAAAAAAAAAAAUAAUGAUUUAAAAAGACAAAUAAACA